CCUUUUCUCACACGGGGCUCGGGUGAUUUCUGCGCUGACAGCUCGCACGCUCACUGCUAUGGAAAAGCUGAGGUUGUGUAAUUGUUUUAAUAUAACGUGUUGUGUAAAGAAAAUAUACCUGAGAAUAGGAUAUGCCUCGUUUGGAUCGCUCGUGGGCUUUUCUGCGUUCUUGGUGUGGAACAUUGUGUAUAAACAGGUCUGGACUGCAGCCCUGGGAGGACUAGCAGGUGUGUUGGCACUUUGGUGUCUGAUUGUCCACAUCAUGUACCUGCAGGACGUAUGGAUACUGUGGAUGAAGGGCCUCAGGCUCUUCUUCUUCACUGGGGUUUUCUUCUGCCUGCUGACACUCACAGCCUUCAUCACCUCCAUGUCUGUUGCCAUAACCCACAAGGAGUCUCCAACUGAUCCUCAGAGUUUCUACCUGUCCUGUGUGUGGAGCUUCAUGAGUCUGAAGUGGUCGUUCCUUCUCACCCUCUACAGUUACACAUAUCGGAAAGAGUUUGCAGACAUCAGUAUUCUCAGUGACUCCUAAAGGACCCUUAAAUACUGUCUGCUGUCACUGUGGUAGGUUUCCACACCGUGACAUCACAGUGGAGUGACUCUUUAGAAUAAUGAAGGUGUGGGUGAGCUCCUCAUUCUCUUGUAUAUCUCCCCAGACAUCUUCUGUUUUAUUGGUUGUAUGUGAUCUGUAGAGGUGCUAUUGAUUUGGCACUAAUUAUUGAUGAUGAUAUAUAUUUUUUCUAAUGCAUACAUUGUUACAUUUUUACUUACUCUCUAUUUUGUGUAGUCAAGAAUUUACAGGGUAGAAUUACAAUCACAGCAUAAUCUGGCCACAUUUUAGUUUACCAUUAAAAGUUUGCUGUGAUUAUAAUUCCGUUACUGUAGAAUUAUCCACAAUGUCCUCAUUUUUGGAAAAACUGCUGAAGGAGUGUUACGGUGCUUUUGCUACGCAGUUCAAAGCUGUAUGGGAGAAGUCGGCAGGGGGUGGAGGCGCCUUUGUCACAUUUAGUCGAGUCGUUUAACUCAAGAGUUAAAAUGCACCUUCUGAGUUUAACUCACUGUGAUCAUGCUUGAUUGAAAUCCAGGGGGGAUAAGCACCGAUACCAAUGGAUCUCAGGGCCUACAUAGGUCUUAGUUCUUCUGUUCUUAACUAUGACUGGUUUCUUAUUCAUUUUGUACGUUUUUAUGUCUUAUUGUCUGUGUUCUAAUUAAGCCCGCCAAUAGCUUUCUAACAUUUAUAAGUCAUGAAUCAGAGGCGGUAGACCCCUACUAUCAGACAUGAAUAGGAAGUCAUAUGUGGGCUUUCAGAGCGUAUCAUUGCAUUUGACCAUGAGUGAUGUUGAAGGUCACAAUCAAGGUCGCUCAGUCUUUGACUGUUUAU